GUAAUGAGUUGAGUUUCCCCAAAUUAUGAAUUUUUGGUAAUACAAACAGUUAAUUUUUUUUGUCAUUCCCCAAAUUUGUACUAUCCUAAAUAUUACAACAGGAUAACAUAUAUCUAUAAUCCUCUUGGACUAAAAAUUUCACAAUUGAUUUAGAUAUGAUUAGAAGUUGGGAACUACAGUUAUAAAGUUUGUUUGCUUGCAUAAACUUUUAAAGUUAAUGGUAUUUAUCCAUUUUUCGUUUGGUCAAAAUUUGUCACAAAAUCGUAAUUAGAAAAAACAAUAAUGUGCCUAUGAUUUGACGAUCUGCUUGAACAAGAGGAAGCGAAAGGAUGUGUUACCCUUUCUCUUGUUUUCGUAUAGCUAUUGAAUGAGUUUCAUCCGAUCCACGAUUCCGUCUCUGAGCUCAGAAUCAUAAAAGCGGAAUCCGAAUCUGAUCUCAUGUCUUUCUCAUUCUUCAAGCCCUCUAGGCCUAAAACGCCUCAAGAGGUUGUUAAAGCCAUCAGAGACAGUCUUAUGGCUCUCGACACCAAGACCGUCGUCGAAGUUAAAGCCCUCGAGAAGGCUUUGGAAGAAGUUGAGAAGAAUUUUUCUUCUCUAAGAGGAAUACUUUCUGGAGAUGGUGAGACUGAACCAAAUGCUGAUCAGGCUGUACAGUUAGCAUUAGAGUUUUGCAAAGAAGAUGUUGUCUCUCUUGUUAUUCAUAAGCUUCAUAUUUUGGGAUGGGAAACAAGAAAAGAUUUACUGCAUUGUUGGUCUAUCCUGUUGAAGCAAAAGGUCGGCGACACUUAUUGCUGUGUGCAAUACUUUGAAGAGCAUUUUGAGUUGCUUGACUCUUUAGUUGUAUGCUAUGACAAUAAGGAGAUUGCUCUGCAUUGUGGAAGUAUGCUUAGGGAAUGCAUUAAAUUCCCAAGUCUUGCUAAGUACAUAUUAGAGUCUGCCUGCUUUGAGUUAUUCUUCAAGUUCGUGGAAUUGCCAAACUUUGAUGUUGCUUCUGAUGCAUUUUCAACAUUCAAGGAUCUUCUUACAAAACAUGACUCUGUAGUCUCUGAGUUUCUCACCUCUCAUUACACUGAGUUCUUUGAUGUUUAUGAAAGACUUUUGACAUCUUCAAAUUAUGUGACGAGAAGACAAUCACUGAAGCUUCUCUCGGAUUUCCUGUUGGAGCCUCCAAAUUCCCACAUAAUGAAGAAAUUCAUCUUAGAAGUUCGUUAUUUGAAAGUCAUAAUGACACUUUUGAAGGACUCGAGCAAGAACAUUCAGAUAUCAGCCUUCCAUAUAUUUAAGAUCUUUGUUGCGAAUCCUAAUAAGCCGCAAGAAGUGAAGAUCAUAUUGGCAAGAAACCAUGAGAAAUUACUCGAACUCCUCCACGAUUUGUCCCCUGGUAAAGGUUCCGAAGAUGAUCAAUUCGAAGAGGAAAAGGAGCUCAUCAUCGAGGAGAUUCAAAAAUUGUCUGGCUUGAAAAACCUCGAACGUUAAAAAUUCUUUUGCCUCCUCAUCUCUCUGUUCCACGCAGAUGAAGUUUCUUGUGAACUCUGUGUGUCCAAUGUUUCAUAACUGCUCGUCUUAACAUGAAACUGCUGCUUUUCCUAGUGAGUGUAGUAAUGUAACUUUUGAUUCACUCUGUGUUGCCCCUGAGUUGUUCAGAUUCAAAUAUAACUUGUCCUACAUUUAAAGACCACAACCUUUUGUUACCUUUUAAUAUCUUUAUAUGAAGAUUCUGCUUUUGUAUGUAA